AUGGGGCAGGGGAUGUGCUGCGGUGCCUGGGGCGCUCCCGCUCCCGGCACGCAGGCAGGGCCCGGGACCCCCGCCCGUGGGGCUCCUGGCGCCCGCCUCGGGCUCUGGGGCACGGCGGCCUCCCGGUCCCCGGCGCCGCUCGGCGCCUUCGUGUCCUCCAGCAGCCCCGAGCUGCUGCUCCGCCAGCGCGUGCAGGUGACCCGGCACCAGCGCACGCGCCACCGGCACCUCCUGCUGUUCCCGCACGCCAUCGCCAUCGCCACCUUCAAAUGCGGCUCCAUCCUCCGGCUGAGGCACCGGGUGCUGCUCAGCCAGCUGUGGGUGCUGUGCCGCGACGAGGCGGUGGCGGCGGCCAGCCCAGAGCACGACGAGGAGGUCUUUGGCCUUAAGACCAGCCAGACCCUCAUCCUCGUCUGGACCACCGGCCUCUGCGUGGUCACCUUUGGGCAGAGCCAAGGAGCCCCGGGAGCCAGGGUCACCCGCCUGCCCUCCCUGCGGCUCCUCACCAAGGUGGUCGGCUUCUACGGCCCCGUAAGUGUCCGCACGGCCUCCGCUCCGCCCCGAGAGCCGCUUGGCUUUCCCACCCGACCACGCAACGGGUUGCUCACGGAGGCACCUUGCUCUCUCGCCCAGGAGGCGUCGCUGACGGCCAGGACCGUGGAGGCGCUCAUUUUGGCAGAGGCUGCAGCCAAGCAGUGCCCCCGGGCGGACCCUUCAGCCGUCGAAGAGGCACUUUGCUGCUCGGCUGCAGACGGAGCCAAGGGAGGGCGGAAGGUGGCGAUCUCAUGGCCCCUGGCUUGGAGAGGAACCUCUGCCACCGGGGACUGCCCAGGGCAGCUAGGCUCCGGCCCCCAGCUGUCUCUCUUUGGGCAGCCUCUGGCCCUCAUCUGCGGGCCAGGUGAUGCCCUGCCCCAGCCAGUCCAGGAGCUCCUGGACCUACUCUAUGAGAGAGGCCCGGCCACCGAGGGCAUUUUCCGGAAGGCGGCCAACGAGAAGGCACGCAGGGAGUUGAGGGAAGAGCUGGACAGAGGCACGCAGGUUGAUCUGUCGAGCAAACCCGUGCACCUGCUGGCAGUGGUGCUGAAGGACUUCCUGAGGAACAUCCCCUGCAAACUCCUCGUGGCCGACCUCUAUGACAAGUGGCUGCUAGCGCUGGAGAAGCCCAGCCUGCAGGAGAAAAUUGCAGGCCUGAGAGAGGUGGCUGGCCUGCUGCCUCCAGCAAACCGCCUCUUGCUCCGGCGCUUGCUCUCUGUGCUCCACCACAUCAGUGAAAGUGCAGAGAGCAACCGGAUGGAUGCCAGCAACCUGGCGAUCUGCGUGGGGCCAAACAUGCUCAGCCCCGACAUGGACACCACGCUCCCGCUGGCCGUGCAGAAGGAGAGCAACGACAAGGUGACGCUCUUGGUGGAGCUCCUCAUCCACAACUGCGCAGCAGUAUUUGGGGAUGACGUUGCCUCGACCAAGGAGUCACGGGAGCACACAGGCAGCUCCACAGGUGCUGCUCAGCAGAACAGUGCUGCCUGCAACAGCCCCGAGCCUGCAGCUGAAGGCAGCCCUGUGAACUGCCACCAGGAGCAGCAGCCCAAAGCAGCAAGUGCUUUGGGGAGCAGCACCUAUCCCACCUGCCUCUCUGCCCCUCCACUGACUAGUCAGAAGAAGGAGGUCAGCAACAUGCCCAGGAGCUUCUCAGAGGCAGACCUGUCCUGCCAGAGCAGCAGCCUGGAAGGCAGGAGAUGGGAUCCGGAGGCAGCCAAAAGAGAGGAGCCUUUUCCCAGUCAGGAGACAAAGUGCAGCGUGGAGAAGGGGGCUCUGGAAACAACGCCUUGCCAUCCUGCAGGCACGCUUGUCAAAUGGCACUCCCUCCCCACAAUAUCCUCCGGCUGCUCCCUGCAAAGCUCCUUUUCUCCUCUGAUGGCUCGGUCUUCACCACCUCUUCACUAG